AUGGCUUCAGGCAGUUCUGACGAUGCUUCCACCAACCAGGACGUUGAAACUGAGUGGGAUGCAAUCAUAAGCCCCGAGGAUGAAAUUUCUUCUUGGUGGUUAGAUUAUUCAAUUCCUUCACCGAGCGAUGACAUAGCUCUGCACAACACCUCGGCGGUUUUCGAUAAUGGCCUGAACAUCGAUUCGUGGAUGACUCAAUCUAUCAACGAUUCGGUCUUCCUCGACUACACUCAAGGACCGACCUCGAAUCACGCUGUGUCGAGUGCCGUUCAAAGCAUAGAGCAAUUGUCCAUUUCGGAGGAUAGUCUCAGCUCAGUGGAACGACAUUUUGUGCAUCCCAAUAUAAAUCUGCAUGGACAUUUCUACUUUUUCCCACAGGAACAUAGUUUUGGAGCCAACGGUCAUGUCGCACUCAACAAUCACUUCGAAAAUCAAACCGGCCCAAGUGACCACAACGAUUUUGGGAAUUCAGUGGAUGUUUUCGAGGAAUUCGAUAUCCCGGCACAAGCGACUGGAUUAGCUACUCCAUACGAACAAACUGCUCUGGUGAACAGCGAUCAACAACUGGAAUUUGAAAGCACUGCCACAGCGGAUAUGUCUACCUCCAACUCAGCACAACUUCUUCCCGUUCUCGGUGCAUCGGCAUCCCACCGAUCCAACAGCAACACCACCUCGUUCACGUGUCCUCAUCCCGGAUGCGGGCAGACAACGGCGAGGCUAUCCGAUCUUCAUCGACACCAACGAAAGCAUGAGAUCCCGCAGUACCCCUGUCCAUUUCUCGGUUGCAACCGUCGUGGCCACAGAGCCUUUGACCGUACCGACAAGCUCAAUGAGCACCAGCGAAGAGUGCAUCGCGUGAACGUCUGA